AUGAAAUUUACAAAUACACUUAUCAAACUAAUCUCUCUAAAGCACAUUUAUUGUUUGUUUUAAAUGAGAGUUGAGUAUUUUAUGGCUUGGAAAACAAGAUUAGAUUAUUGUUAGGAAAAUACUUUAGCUGCACUUUAGGAUAAACCCAUAAAAAAUAAAUAAUGGUAAUUAUUUUGUUCUUUUAUUUACAAAAUAACUAUAGAUAAGUAAAGAAAUAAAAAAAAAAAAAACAUUUCUUGGGAUGAUGAUCAUAAAUUCUCGACGACGGUCUUCAUAAUAUACAUGUUGAUAUAGAGGAUUCCUGACACAAGAAAUUAAUUAAAUUAAUUUAUAAUGAAAACUAUUUCAUAAGCAAUUUAAUUUAUUUUUUUUAAUUUAUUGAAUAGAAAAUAAGAAUGA